CUGAGUGCAGUGACAGGGCUGACAGGGCCAUCAUAAUUGUACUGGCAUCAUGAUCGGAGUCAUACUAGCCCUCAUCUUUCUUAGACAUUGUGCUGGACAAACUAUAACAGUUCAGCCAAUGUCCAUCAAUACAACUAUCAACUCCACUGUCAAUUUUACUUGUGAGGGUGUUGGUACUGAAAUUACCUUUAGAUUACAGUUCUAUGGAGAAAACGAGACUAGAGGAGCAACUGAUGAAGUUGCCAUAAAUAGAGGCUUUUCUUUUGAAACAUCUAAUGAUAAUGAUGCAAGAACUGCUCAACUACAAGGAACAGCUUAUGAAUUUAACAAUAAUACAAGUAUCAGAUGUAGAGUUGAUACCAAUAAUGCUAGCCUUUCCAGCGAUGUAGCAAUAUUAAUGAUACAAGGUCUAUUGGAUAGUGUUGUUGAUCUGGAUUAUACCUUUAUCAAUGGAUCCAAUUUAAUGGAUUAG